AUGAGCAUUCAUCUGUACCGCAGCCACGGCGUGUCGGGUUCGUGCGGCCUGCGGUCGUGCUGGCGCACGCUGUCGCCUCUGGCGUCGGUGGGGCGCCUUCUGCGCAGCCGCUAUCGGCGCUCGGUGCGGCUGCGGCGUCCGGGCGACCCUCGCGCUCGGCCCUCGGACCUGGUGCACGUGCGGCCGUCGCCGGACUUCUGCCGCCCGGAGCCCGGUGUACCCGGCAGCCAGGGACGGCCCUGCGCCGAUCCCUCGACGUGCGGCCGCCUCUGCUGCGGCCGAGGAUUCGAGACGCGCACGCUGCGGCGGCUGCAGCGCUGCCAAUGCCGCUUCCACUGGUGCUGCUACGUGACCUGCGACACGUGCGAGAGCAAGGUGCAGCUCCACUCAUGCCGCUGA